GACUGUGAGAAAGGACUGUGCCAUCAGAAGAGGCAGAAGAGGAGUCAGUGUCUGUCUGUGUCCAUGUCUUCGCUCUGUUCCCAGCGUCUUCCUCACAACGACAGCCAACAUCCCUCCUGCUGUUCCAGCUCUGGAUCUAAGUCGGCUGGGUUACCGCCUGGACUCUCUGCUCAUUAUUCAUACAUGCCGCCGUGUUUAAAUGGGAGGCAAAGUUGGACCUUCAUGGACUGCAGGAAUGGUGAUAAAAUGUUUGAUUUCUCUUGCGCUUUUACGAGCUUCUUAGCAUUCAAAAUGACUUCACUUUUCUACAGUAAAAACAUUUUUAUAUGUAAAAUCUGAACUUCUCUUCUUUGGUAUUGCCUCUUUUGAAUAACUUAGUUAUUUUGCAGUAUAAGAUUCAGAAUUUGGGGUGCAUUUUGAUGUGAAAAAUGAGUGGAGAAGGAGGGUAGCAAUACCUUCAUCUUCCCCUUUUUUGAAAGUCAGUCACUCAUUGGUCUUCAAAGUAAAAAUGUGACUGUGGCACUUUUUCUGAGUGUGCUCUGUUGGUGUAAGAUAUUUAUUUUUGGUAAAAGGAGUGGAGGCUUUAUGUUGGACCGGAGGUGAAGUUUCACCGCUUCCAAUUUGUCCCUCUCCAGGGGAACACUCCAACUAAACUCUUCCCCGUUAACCCACUUAGACGCCCAAUCUCCCCUGCGGGGAUUUUUCUGAAGCACCCAUCCUACUCUAGUUUUUUUGAGGAAAGCAAUAGCAAAAACCAGCCAAAGGGGGCAGUGAGAAGGAAGGCACCCCCCUCCCUAAGGUGUGAGGGGGGGAGAAGAUGGCAGCUCUCGCCAGCACUCUCAUUAGACAGAAACGAGCAGUCAAGGACGACCACCCCAACCGACCGGUAGCCAACAAGCGCAGGCCCUGUCCUAAGAGCAACAAGUCCUUGUGCCAGAAACAGAUCCUGGUCCUGAUCUCCAAAGUGCGACUAUGCAGCGGUCGAAAAAAUCAAAACGAGAAAAGGCCAGAUCCACAGCUGAAAGGCAUUGUUACCCGGCUAUACAGCCAACAUGGAUACUACCUGCAAAUGCAGCCUGACGGCACCAUAGACAGCACGGGGGAUGAAAGCAGCUCAUUUUCACAGUUCAACUUGAUUCCAGUGGGACUGCGGAUCGUAGCAAUUCAGGGUGCAAAGACAGGGUUGUACCUCGCCAUGAACGGUGAAGGGUACCUCUACACCUCGGAGAACUUCACUCCCGAGUGCAAGUUCAAGGAGAGUGUGUUUGAGAACUACUAUGUUACGUACUCUUCCAUGCUGUAUCGUCAGACCCAGUCUGGCCGCUCCUGGUAUAUCGGUAUCAAUCGUGAAGGGCAGAUCAUGAAGGGCAACCGGGUGAAGAAGACCAAAGGAGCCGCACACUUCCUGCCCAAAGUUAUAGAGGUUGCCAUGUACAAGGAGCCGUCGUUACACGAGCUGGCCGGUGAACCGGUGAGUCCUCCCCGGAAGACAGCCAAGACGUCGGAUUCGCUUUCUCUGAAGAGCGGACGGAAAGAAGCCCCCAAGGCCGACGCGUCAUAGCAGAGGAGACUGAGGGUGGUACAAACGGAGGGCACCAGUGACACUGUGGAACGCAGUCACCAAAUCUUCACUGAGCCUGGCUCAGGGAAUGGCUCUCACAGGCCACCAUGUUCCAGAAGUACACUACAGGAUGCUGAGGGAUACAGGGUCAGCAGUUCAUCGCAGGGAUAGAGAGAGAGAGGGGGACAGGGGAGUUCCUCCCUCACCUUUCACAACGGAGAGAAAUCCCAGCAUCCCAGUCAGAACUACUACCACCUCCCCUACGUCUUCCUAACACACAGUCUUUCAUUUCACUUUCAUUUCUCUGUCAUACUAAAGCUUCUUUGUCCCGCUGACAAUUUAAUCUUUUCCCACAUGCCUAUCUACCGUCUGCUCCAUUGUACUGUAUAUUCGACACACGCACGUUUCCACAGCGCUGACUUGGCAUCGUAAUCUUUACCCCGCGGGGCCCCCCCGCCCCCGCCCGCCCCAUCCUCUCGAGCCCUAAAGUUGGUGGCAGUGUGACUCAGCCCGCUUUCCACCCACCGCCUGCCAAGGAAGCUGAGCUAAUCACAGAGGUCAACUAAAGCUCAAAGUGAGAUUUAAGCAGCUCAGAGAGGAGCGAUAUCUGCACGAAGCACUCGGGUCAGGUCAGAUCAGGUCAACACAGCAAGAUGUGCGAGUAAGAAGUCGUGCGUCUAAAACUACUUUGACAAAAGUCGGUCACAUAAAAUACAACAUUUUAUUUUGUAUGCUUCAUAUUUUAAGUCUUUAUGUCAGCCAGAGAACAACUACGAUAAUGACGGUAUGUAAGGUAGAAAUUGUUUUGAAGCUGAAAAGGGAGCCACUGCCUGUACAAUUAUGGAAUAGAAAUAAAAAUUAAUGUUCUUCCAGGGAAGAUGAGCCAUAAAAGAGAUCAUAAAUGACUGAGUCUUAAUCCCGACUCCAAUUAACAGGAUCAAAGAGCAAUAUCUGUACCAGCAAGCCA